UUCAGUCCAAUAAAGAAAAAGCAUCCAGCCAUUAGCAGCGAGCAUGUACCAUUUUAAUCUCGUCCCUCGAACAUUUCCUCACCUUCCAUAACAAACGGUUAAAACCAAAAACAGCAUCAGCUCCGUUGGCCAAAAUGAACGAAAAUCCCAACAGAGCCGAAGCCGAGCGCCUUCUCGGUAUCGCCGAGAAACUCUUACAAUCACGAGAUCUCAGCGGCACAAAAGACUUUGCAGUUUUAGCUCAAGAAACCGAACCCCUUCUGGAAGGCUCAGAUCAGAUCUUAGCCGUUGCCGAUGUACUUUUAUCAGCCGAAAAACGCAUCAACAAUCACCACGACUGGUACUCGAUCCUGCAAAUCAGCCAAAAAACUGACGAUUCCGAACUUAUAAAAAAGCAGUAUCGUCGCCUCGCAUUACUCCUCCAUCCAGACAAGAACAGGUACCCUUUUGCGGACCAUGCCUUCAAGCUUGUCGCUGAUGCUUGGGCUGUUUUGUCUGAUACUGGUAAAAAAACGUUGUACGAUAAUGAAUUGAGUUUGUUUUGGAAGAUUGAUUUGUCUACUUCAGGGAAAUUACCGGUCAGAAGAAGCCAGAGACCGGUUGGCCAUAAAAAGGCUGAAAAUUUGAAAACUAAUGUCAAUAACGUGAGUAAUCAACAAGAAGGGCAGGGACAGAGAGCUAAAUUAUCUUCGUUCUGGACCGCCUGUCCGUAUUGUUAUAUUUUGUAUGAGUAUCCUAGGGUUUACGAGAAUUGUUGUUUGCGGUGUCAAAACUGCCAGAGAGGGUUUCAUGCGGUUUUAAUACCGUCACUGCCUCCUCUGGUUCCAGGGCAGGAGUCUUAUUAUUGUUGCUGGGGGUUCUUUCCUUUGGGGUUUACACUUGGUAUUGCAGGUAGUGGGGAGAAAAAUGGCGGGGGAGGUGCGGGUUUUCCUAAUUGGAUGCCGCCAAUGUUUGGAACGGAGCAGCUGCAAGGAGGUGAUAACAAUUGUGUCAACGUGGCGGUAAAUGUGGGCGGUAAGAGUUGUAGCGGUGGUGGCCAUGGUGGCGCUGGUAGGAGGAGUGAUGCUGCAACUGCCACGCCAGUGAGGGAUGAUGGGGAGAGUAAGGAUAGAAUGGUGGACGCUUCUGGUAGGAGGGCAAAGGGAAUGUCUGGGAGUGCAACGGGCAUGGCUGGGAAUUCUACGGGGAUGGCAGGGCCCAGGAAGAGAGGAAGGCCUAGGAAAUAUCCUGUGCAGGCGUAGUUUGUGAUGUCUUAUGUGUAGUCAGCAACUGCAACUGGGUGGAAAGGAAUAGAAUGUGAAGGUGUUGACGGCUGAAGGAUGGGAGUCUUUUUGGCAGCUGGCUAAGUUUCGGGACUUCGUAGGCAUUGAAGUUGUCAAUAUUUGUCGAUGAUGGUUAAGUCUGUUUACAUUAUUGUCCCAGCGUGAUUCACUUUGGCGUGGACAGCUUUUCUGCGUAGGGUUUUCUGACAUCUUGUGAGCCUGUAAGUGAAGAAGGAGACUGGGAAUAAAAGGUCUAGGUGGUCUACCGGCUUUCUAGGUUUGGAGCCUUUGAUCGCACAACGGGUGGUUCGGGGAUGGUGAAGCUAGACAACAGGUGACACGAAGCAGCCAAGGCAGUCAUAAAUAUUGAAUUCCACUGCUGCUGCCUCCACUUUCUCCCCAUUUACACUCCUCACCCCUGUCGAGUGAUUCAGGAACAUGUCGCUUUCACAGUUUGACAAACAUUAAUUAGUUUGAGUUUGUAACUUAAUUGAAAGAAUUAUAUUACAAAUAAAAAAAA